GUAGCUUGUUCCACUUGACCAAGUAAGGUAUAACCAAAAGCUUAUUAGUUGGCCUCAGCUUUCAUAUAUAUGCCCAAAAUACUAUAUAUAUAUAUAUUGAAGAUCAAAUGAUCUUACAUGUGUGUGUAGAAUCAUAAUCAUAAGUAUGGAAUUGGAGGGUGAAGUGGGACUAGGUGAGCUGAGACAAUGUUUCAGAAGUGGAAGUACAAGAAGCGUUUCAUGGAGGAAAGCCCAGCUUGAAGCUAUCCUAAAGCUCAUCACUGACAACGAAGACAAGAUGUUCAAAGCCCUUCAACAAGAUCUUGGAAAGCAUCCCGAUGAAGCUUACCGUGAUGAAAUUGGAGCAGUGGUUAAGUCAGCCAACAAUUCUUUGAGCUCCGUUGAGAAAUGGAUGGCCCCCCAAAAGGCCAUAUUUCAGCUACUAAUGAUGCAAUUUGGGCAGGUUCGCAUACCAGUACUUUUCUUCCCAGCAAAAGGUGAAGUGUUGCCUGAACCGCUUGGCCUAGCACUCAUUUUUUCAUCUUGGAACUUCCCCAUUUUAUCGGCAUUGGACCCAUUGAUAGGAGCGAUAUCUGCAGGAAACGCAGCAGUUCUAAAACCUUCAAAGCUAGCCCCGGCAUGCUCUUCGUUCCUUGCUAAUACAAUCCCUCUUUACUUAGACAACAAAGCCAUUAAAGUCAUUGAAGGCGGGGCAGACAUUGCUGAAAAAGUACUUCAGCAGAAAUGGGACAAGAUAUUCUUCACAGGGAGUCCGCGAGUGGGAAGAAUUGUCAUGUCUGCAGCUGCAGAGCAUCUAACACCGGUCACUCUAGAACUGGGCGGAAAAUGUCCUAUAAUACUCGACUCCCUCACAAACCUCUCAGAUAUACAGGCGGCUGUCAAAAGAAUUGCGCAGGGAAAGUGGGGACUCUGCAGUGGCCAACCACGUAUAGGAAUAGAUUAUGUGCUUGUGGAACACAAAUUUGCAUCUCUUCUGAUUGACUCAUUGAAGAGGACUAUGAAGAAGUUUUAUGGUGAUAAUCCAAAAAGCUUGAACAACCUCUCUAGAAUUGUCAACAAGCACCACUUUGAUAGACUGCACAAUCUUCUUGAAGAUCCUAAUGUUGGAGCUUCCAUUGUUCAUGGUGGUUCACUAGACGAAGAGAAUUUGAUCAUCGAACCAACAAUCUUGCUGGAUCCUCCACUUGAUGCUGAGAUCAUGACUGAGGAAAUAUUUGGCCCAUUGCUUCCAAUUAUCACUUUGAACAAGAUUCAGGACAGCAUUGAAUUCAUAAACUCGAGGCCUAAACCUCUUACCUUGUAUGCAUUCACCAAGAAUGAAGCAUUCAAGAAACAGAUUUUGACAGAAACAUCAUCUGAUACUCUGGUUUUCAACGAUAUCUUCGGUCAAUUUCUAUGUGACGCACUACCAUUUGGAGGCGUUGGCCAGAGUGGUAUUGGGAGGUACCAUGGGAAGUACUCUUUCGAGACCUUCAGCCAUGAAAAGCCCGUUCUGCAUAGGAGCUUCUUCCCCGAUAUGGAGAUGUUAUAUCCUCCAUUGAAUGAUUCCAAGUUACAAUUCCUCAGAUUGGCUUACAAAUUCGACAAUGUUGGAAUACUGCUACACUUUUUGGGCUUGAAGAAAACAUUCACUUGAAGUGAAUUACCUUAAAAUCCAAUGUCAAACUAUAGUUUGAAACUUUGAUAAACAUGUUCUGAUAUUGAAUAAGUAUGUGUCUGUAGAAGACAACAAUAAAAGGGCAAUCCAUUAUGUACUUUCUUAGCAUAAUGCACUCUUGAUAUUUAGGUAUUUAUAUGGCAGAGUGCUGAACAUUAUAUA